GUUUUCGUGAUGUUGUCAGCGAACCCACCUAUGAUUUGACCAUUUGAGACGGACUGCUUUGUUUCCCUCUUUAAUCUCCCUCUCUCUGCGUACACGGCGUGCAAAUUUCAACUGUCUUUUAAAAUCAAUAGGCCUAUUUGAAUCAUUUAUUUAUCAAAUUACAGGUUUAUUAUUUCUCUACGGGGCCAAGUUGUUUACCGGGCCAAAUUGUUUUAGUCUUGAUCUCCUUAGAUUACGUGUAUAGGAGGAUUAUGUGUGUGUGUAUGGGAUUAUUCACGAGGACAGUGGAAAUUACUUUAGGCUCUGCCUCCAGCGAUGAGUUUUUACAUUUUAAACCUGUGCUUUCACGACACAACAAUAUUCUACAUCGAUAGUUCUGUUGGAAAUCCGGAGUGGCCACCGUUUCACACCUGCGCCCCUCUCUUGUCAACUCAGGUAGGAUUGGAUUUGAGCACUACCUCAUCCCUCAACUUCAAGAAGAAUGGCUCUCGAACUCGUCAAAAUCGGAAUAUCAUUGAAAAUGCUACCAAAUAACAGUGCUGUGUACUUCAAAUCGGACGGAGCGAGAUUUGGCCAAACCAGGACGAUUAAAUUGCUAACGGGGUCAAAGUACAAGAUUGAAGUGGUUGUCAAACCUGGGGAUGUGGAGGCAACCACCAUGAGUGUAGGUGGAGUCCAAUUCCCCUUGGAGCAACAGUCUAGAGACCCCCAGUGUGUGGUCUACACUGGCGUCUACGACACAGAGGGCGUGACACACACCAAGAGCGGAGACAGACAAGCUGUACAGAUCAGCAUACAGUUCCCAGAGGUGGGCUCUUUUGAAGUGGUGUGGCAGGUGAAGUACUACAACUACAAUAAGAGGGACCACUGCCAGGGAGGCAACAGUUUCAACAGCAUCGAGUACGAGUGCAAGCCCAACGAUACGCGCAGCCUGAUGUGGGUCAACAAGGAGCUGUUUAUCUGAUGAUACCAACCAAAGCCUACACAGGCAGCAUCAGGGUUGUGUUCAUUAGGCACAAAAAAAAACGGAAGAUAACAGUGAAACUGCUACUACCUGUAAUUAGUAAUGCCUGUUUUUUUUAUUUCCGUUGCAAAAUGUUUUCCUACGGUGUGCCCUAACGAACACGACCCAGAUGAACAUGAAAUGAGAGCUGAAUGACGAUCAGCUGCUGGGUAGUGAUAGACAGUGUGUAUCAGAUCCAGCCAGAGUGGAACCCCUCAUAGCAUAACAAUGUUGCUGUUAAAUAACUAAAGAUGAUUAAUUUGCUGUAUGUUGGCGUGUGUUAUAGCUAUGCAUAUUUAUAUUAGGUGUGUGUGUGUGUAGUAUCUAUGCAUAUAUAAGAAUGCUGUAUGUUAAUAUGUACUCUGUAUGUGAAUGUUUACAGUUAGAAGAUUUUACAAAAUAUUUGGACUAAUCCAUACAUUUUUCUUAUUUUAUAGUUGUGCUGAUUUUGACUAAUCAGAAUGUCAUAUUUCUGACUAAUCAGAAUGUCAUAUUUCUGACUAAUCAGAAUGUCAUAUUUCUGACUAAUCAGAAUGUCAUAUUUCUGACCAAUCAGAAUGUCCUAUUUCUGACCAAUCAGAAUGUCCUAUUUCUGACCAAUCAGAAUGUCAUAUUUCUGACUAAUCAGAAUGUCAUAUUUCUGACCAAUCAGAAUGUCAUAUUUCUGACCAAUCAGAAUGUCAUAUUUCUGACCAAUCAGAAUGUCAUAUUUCUGACCAAUCAGAAUGUCAUAUUUCUGACUAAUCUGAAUGUCAUAUUUCUGACCAAUCAGAAUGUCAUAUUUCUGACAA